UCCGGAACCCGCCGAGCGUUAAGACCCGGCAGCGAAGGCGCACCGGUUGGAGCCGAUUUACAAAGUUCCUGUUUCUGAUAGCCCGCAACAAAAGGAAGAGAGAAAACUGGAGACAGAGGAGAACACACCGAAAGUACUCGAAAACACUACUUCUCUCAACGAAUGAAAACUAAGGAAACCGUUUUAUUUUUCGUGCUGAGGGGAAACUCACCUGGCUCAGGUAGAGCAGGAUAAAACUACAAAACUACAAGGGCGUCGAGUAGACACUCGUUAGGUGAAGGUUUGGACUUUUUGGCUCUCCUGGAACCAUUGAGUAGGGGAGAGUGUAUGCAUGUGUGUGAGUGUGGGAUGUGUUCCAGUGGACAGCCUCUGUGUUCUGGAAGCCGCCGUUCUCGUCCAUCCAGUGCUGGAGGAAGCAGCUCAGGUUCACAGUAUGCCUUUUGUGCUCUGGGGGUGGGUCUGGUGGCCCUGGGGGUCGUCAUGAUCCUCUGGAGUUUGGUUCCCAUGGAAAUGCCUCAAAACGGGUCAGCCACAAACUCAAGUGACGUGACCAGCAGUGAAACGAAGCUGAAAACCUCAUCUGUGGCAUUUGUGCUAGUCGGGGGAGGGCUAGCCAUGCUGCUGCUGGCGGUCUGUCUGAGUGUAAAGAACAAGCAGAGAAGGAGAGAGGGCAGGGAAGGGGCAGCCACCGUCACACAGUACACUGACCAAGUGCAGGGAGAUUCAGGGGAGAAUGAACAGCCAGCCCCUAACUAUGACGUCCCCAGCUAUGAAGAGGCCGUGACCAGUGGUCAGUAUCCCAUCCGUCAGAGUAACCUCCGCCAGAGCACCACCCAGCUCCCGUCAUACGAGGACAUAAUCACCGCUGUGGAGAACGAGGGGGAGACUCAAAACACUGAGACCGGCCAAAACCCUCCUGCCCCCAGGCCACAGCCCACAAACCCCCAGCCGAGCCGCGCCAGCAGCAAGGCCAGCCGCAUCCUCAGGCCUCUUCGUGUCCGCAGGAUCAUGUCCGAGAAACUCCAUGUCAAAGACAUCCGGCUGAACAUCCAGAACCCACCACAGGGUGGGGCUACCAUAGAGCCACUGACACCCCCACCGCAGUACGAAGAUAAACCCCCUGAAUUCCCAACAGACGGAGUGUGACCCUGCAUGAGACACGCUGUACAAGAUGCACUGUACGGGAUGAUAAUUUUUCUCUUUUCUCUUUUCUUUGUCAGACUUACAAUAUGUGAGCCUUAAGGGAAUCCAUACAGGAAAGAUUCAGCUCAUUGUCAUAAUCAUGAUUUAUGUUGCUGGUGGUUUUUGUUAAGGGGAAAAAUAUCUAAUUUAUCCAGUUUUCCUGUUAGUCCCUGAUAGUUAAUCAGUUGAGACAUCAAAAUUUUAUAUUUUGCUUCUUUAGUUCCGCUCUGGAGACACAAGGCUAAUGUAGCUAACAAGUAAUGGAUGCCUAUGUCCCGUCAGUUAGCACUGUGCAAACUGCAUGCCUCACACUUGCCUCAAACCACACUGAGCUGUUAAGUAGUCUUCAAUAGACUUCAUAUGGUUCUGACACUGUGACAUACUGUCAACUAUAAAAAUGGGCAAAAGUAAAUCACCCAGCUAAAUCCAAUAAUAGUAGGCAUCUUUUAGCUUGAAUUGAGUUCAUGUCCAUUUUUGAGACUUACCAACUUGGUGGGGUAAGCUUCCUUUAUUUGUUAGCUUCCAUCGCUUAUGUUGGUUGGGAAGGAAUUGUGUAAAUUAGAUUUUUCUCAGUAGUAAUUAUGGUAAUGCUAUGCUUGGUCUGGUAUGGAAAUUAUUUUUGUAACUCUGCUGUAGUAAAUGCUGAUUUGGCAGUGGCGGUGUAUCUUUUCAGUAAAAUUUUUAUUUCACAUUUUGUGAUAAAUUUAUAAAUCCAUGACAAGCUCUCUCUUGCUAAUGCUAACUCUAGGGCUUUUUGCUACUAAGGGAUAUCUCAAAAAUACCUCAUGGUUAUCAGGGCUGUACUGAAACUAAACUCAUCACUGUCUGUUUUGAUUCAUCUUCACUAAGCUUAAAAAAAAAAAAGAGUAAAGCUAGACCAAACAUGCUAACCUGCCUAACAAUGCUAAGCUAUUAAUUAGCCAUUAAGAUGCUAAUUCGAGGCUAAUCGAAUUGCAGUAAUUGUUUACAAUAUUAGCAUUUCUGACAGCCAUUUCUUAAAAGGAAAAACGUUUGUAAACCAACCCGUGGAGAUGUCCAAAAACUCCAAAGAAACACACUACCAUUUCAUGUCUUCAAACACUACACCAAAAAAGCUAAAAUCCACCACAAACUCUUGCUCAUGUAUUAGCAACGCUGGUCAUGUUCACUUAAAAAGAAAUGCUUCAGUAGGAUUUUUAAAUAGGAAAGUUGAAUUUUUGAAGGAAGCCUUAAAAAUGUGUAGUUGUUAGUUUAAUGUAUUGUGGGUUGUGUCAUAUUUUGUAGCCACUUGCCACUGUUUUGUGUGAAUUUUGUAUUUAGAAGAAAGACGUAGCUGUUUUUUAAUAGCACUGUUUGAUCAUUCUGCAUGUGACAGAUCCAACAAAAUGGGAAGCUUCUCUUAAAAUAAAAAAAAUAUUUAUUUUCAUCUUUCUUUCAAAACAAAUGUCUUGGGUUUGUAAUAAUAAGUAUUUGUGUGUUUUCUGCUGUUUGUCCAUUUUCUUUAUCUACAUCUUCAUACAAAGACUUUUAGGCUUUCCUUUGGCCUGUGUGCAACUGAUGUUUUGAGAUAAGGUGAAAUUGUUCUGCUGUUUAGUGGUAUCAAGAGUGCUAAAUUGGCUAAAGUGUUUAAAGAGUCCAUCUUGGUAAAGUUUAAAAAAAACAACAAAAAAUAAAGGUCAUGAUUUGAUAUUAAAAUUAGUUUAUGAGGCCUUUAAAUGAUAUUUAUGAGUCUGUAUGGCAUUAAACAUGUUAUGUUAUAAGGACAAAGGGACAUUGUUCCCAUAAAGCUAAUAACUUACCACACCAAAAGUAGCCUAGUAUACCACAUAUCUUUAAAUUUUUACACUGUGCAUAUGCUGUAUGAAAUGUAAAUGUAACUUUCUUUUUUUAACUAGAGAACUUUUUUUUACUCAAAUGAGACUAAUUGACACUUUUAGACAAACUAGAGAACUGUAGAAUGAUGAUAACUGUACUGUUUUUCUAAAUUUUAUGAGACUAUGCUGAGCUCUGUAUGCUAUAGAAAUGUAACCAAAUGUGAAUGUAAUAUUUCCCAGAAUGAACAGAUGCAUUCGAAACAGACAUAUAUACAAUUGCUAGAGCUGCAUGAUAAUUAUUUUUCAUUAUGGUAUGAGUUUCUUUGAUAAACACAUUGUUAAAGGGCUGUGAUGACAAAAUGGCUCAAAUUACAUGAAUAGCAUCAAAGUGAAGUAAUUAGAUUGGUGGGAAUUUAGUGUUAGAAGCCCAAGAAUCUACACUUUAAAA